CUCCUUUCACCCUCAUCAUAACAGCCAAGCAGCCUGAAAGGCUUCAGCACCAUCAGCCAGCAUCCCUGUUAAGACCUGCAGAAGCCAGCAAGAUUCAGAGCCGGAGAAGCUGUCCGACCACAGCCAUGGAAGAGUACUUCUCUGCAAUCCGUGAGAUGGAACAAGCGGUUAUGUUUCCCAGCCUCCUCAGAGGCGUCUACAUGGAACAACAGGAUGACACAUCCACUGGUGAUUUCGGCAACAGGGACCUGUAUGAGUAUUACAUGCAACUGAAAUCCAUCAAACUCGCGGUGGAGGGUAAACUGCCGCCUGUAAAUGAAAGCAAACAGCAAAUCACCAGCAGAGAGGAAGUACAAGAGAACGGAGAGGAGGCCGAUCUUGAAGGACUGCUUUAUCAUCAUUUUACAGGCUUGUAUCGUGUCCUGACCCAUCUGACCAGAAAAGCCAAUGCCCUGACCAGAAAAUACAAUGAAAUUAUAGGACAGAUCAACCAGAGUGAAAUUACGCUUGCCUGGUGAAACAUCCACCAAUAACUUCAAAAGGACACACUACCAUCCCUCUGCUGCGUGCAGUUGACGUCCUCCGGCAAGUACUGUUGGUGAAUUACUUGACUGACACCAAAGAUGCUGGCCAUCUGAUAGCCAAUGUUUUGUAAUAACCAGAA